AUGCAGGCGCGCUACUCCGUGUCCAGCCCCAACUCCCUGGGAGUGGUGCCCUACCUCGGCGGCGAGCAGAGCUACUACCGCGCGGCGGCAGCGGCGGCCGGGGGCGGCUACACCGCCAUGCCGGCCCCCAUGAGCGUGUACUCGCACCCGGCGCACGCCGAACAGUAUCCCGGCGGUAUGGCCCGCGCCUACGGGCCCUACACGCCUCAGCCGCAGCCCAAGGACAUGGUGAAGCCGCCCUACAGCUACAUCGCGCUCAUCACCAUGGCCAUCCAGAACGCCCCGGACAAGAAGAUCACGCUCAACGAUUACCAGUUCAUCAUGGAUCGCUUCCCCUUCUACCGGGACAAUAAGCAGGGCUGGCAGAACAGCAUCCGCCACAACCUCUCGCUCAACGAGUGCUUCGUCAAGGUGCCCCGCGACGACAAGAAGCCGGGCAAGGGCAGCUACUGGACGCUGGACCCGGACUCGUAUAACAUGUUCGAGAACGGCAGCUUUCUACGGCGGCGGCGGCGCUUCAAGAAGAAGGACGCGGUGAAGGACAAGGAGGAGAAGGACCGGCUGCACCUCAAAGAGCCGCCACAGCCGCCCGGCCGCCAGCCCCCGGCCGCCGCGCCACCCGACCAGGCGGACGGCGCCGCGCCGGGACCACAACCGCCGCCAGUGCGCAUCCAGGACAUCAAGACGGAGAACGGUACGUGCCCCUCGCCGCCCCAGCCCCUGUCCCCCGCCGCCGCCGCCCUGGGCAGUGGCAGCGCCGCCGCAGUGCCCAAGAUCGAGAGCCCCGACAGCAGCAGCAGCAGCCUGUCGAGCGGGAGCAGCCCCCCGGGGAGCCUGCCGUCCGCACGGCCGCUGAGCCUGGACGGUGCGGAGCCCGCGCCGCCACCGCAGCCCGCGCCGCCCGCGCCGCCGCACCACAGCCAGGGCUUCAGCGUGGACAACAUCAUGACGUCGCUGCGGGGGUCGCCGCAGGGCGCGGCGGCGGAGCUGGGCUCGGGCCUCCUGGCCUCGGCGGCCGCGUCGUCGCGUGCAGGCAUCGCACCCCCGCUGGCGCUUGGCGCCUACUCGCCGGGCCAGAGCUCCCUCUACAGCUCCCCCUGCAGCCAGAGCUCGAGCGCGGGCAGCUCGGGCGGCGGCGGCGGCGGCGGCGGUGGCGGCGCGGGGGCCGCGGGGGCCGCGGGGGCUGCGGGGACGGCGGGGACCUACCACUGCAACCUGCAGGCCAUGAGCCUGUACGCGGCUGGCGAGCGCGGCGGCCACUUGCAGGGCGCGCCCGGGGGCGCGGGCUCGGCGGUGGACGACCCCCUGCCCGACUACUCUCUGCCUCCGGUCACCAGCAGCAGCUCGUCGUCCCUGAGUCACGGCGGGGGCGGCCCGGAGGCCGGCCACCACCCCGCGACGCACCAAGGCCGGCUCACGUCGUGGUACCUGAACCAGGCGGGUGGAGACCUGGGCCACCUGGCUAGCGCGGCGGCGGCGGCGGCGGCGGCCGGCUACCCCGGGCAGCAGCAGAACUUCCACUCGGUGAGGGAGAUGUUCGAGUCGCAGCGGAUCGGCUUGAACAACUCUCCCGUGAACGGGAACAGCAGCUGUCAGAUGGCCUUCCCGGCCAGCCAGCCUCUGUACCGCGCGUCUGGGGCCUUCGUCUACGACUGCAGCAAGUUCUGACCACGCACCGAGUGGAACCCCGAAGCAGGAACAGCCCAAAGAACCCAGGAGUGCAAAAUCGAAACCAAAAAUCCCGAUUAAAAAAACUCGAGACAAUCAGCGCACCAGCGACCGGAGCCCUUCCCAAAAUUCAGCUCGCCAGCACCAGCUCAAAGAAAACUGUUUUCUUAAAAGAUUCCUUCAGCGCCACCUCCACUUUGCCUUAUUUGAAUAAACCAGACCAUAAACAAUUUUGUACAGACAGCAAAAUCAUGGUUUAUUAAAGGACAGUGUUACUCCAGAUAACACGUAAGUCUCCUCUUGCUUCUCAGAGCCUCGCUUUCCUGCUCCUCCUCUCCCUCCCUGUCUUUCUUGGCCUCUCACCUGUAACAUAGUAUUUUAUCCUAUGUGGAAAGGAGGGGAAAGUCCCCGGAUAUGAAAAUCGCUUUCUUUUUAUUCAUGGACUUGUUUUAAAAUGUAAAUUGCAACAUAGUAAUUUAUUUUUAAUUUGUAGUUGGAUGUCGUGGACCAAACGCCAGAAAGUGUUUCCAAAAGCUGACGUUAA